GAGUCCACAACAACUGAAAAGAAUCGUCUUGAAGACGAUUCUUAGGACGAAACGAUGCGCGCGCAACUAUUGCCAACUGUGAAUAAUAAAUUCAUUUUCCGUGUUCCAUGUUUCGCUAUUCCUGACAGUUCAACUUGUUUACAUAAAACAACAAGAAUAAGAAAAUAACCUAAAACACAAAGUGUCAACGAUUGUUUCCAUCAGUUUAUUUUUUGUUCUCCGUUUAUUGCAUAAACAUGUUGGUGCUUUUUAAUAUAAUAUUAAUAAGUUAUCAAUGGAUGCGGCUUCUUUAUCUGCUUGAUAAAUUAUUAAAGAAAAAGGAAUUUAUUCGCCGAUGGCAUGUAAAACCCCACAUCACUAAUAUGAUGAGAGACACACAUGGUGCAUACGAAGCUCUCUUUUUGUAUUUCGCUAAUUGUCAUGAGGAAGAAUUUUAUAAAAUGUGCCGCAUGAAUGUUAGAACAUUUCAAAAACUCCAUAACCUUGUUGGACCUCGUUUGCAGAAAAAAAGUCGUCGACGUCCAUUGUCAACUGAGUUAAGAUUGGCGCUAUAUUUAAAUUACUUAGGACAUGGAGACAGCAAUUUCUCAACAGCAAAUUUUUUUCGGGUAGGCAGAAGCACAGUCUAUGGAAUAAUUCAUGAAGUUUCUCGAGUUAUUUGGGAUGUACUGUCUCCAAUUUAUUUAAACUGGAAAUCCGAAGAAGAAUGGAAAAUUGUAGCUGAGGGAUUCAGAGUAAAGUGGGAUUUUCCGAACUGUGUAGGAGCCUUGGACGGCAAGGAGAUAAGAAUAAAGGCUCCUCCACAUUCAGGGAGUCUCUAUUUUAAUUAUAAGCGUUUUUACAGCUUUAAAUUGAUGGCUAUUUGCGACGCUUUUUUACGUUUCACGUGGAUAGAUAUAGGCGAUUAUGGUUCACUUAGUGAUGCUUCUUCAUUUCGUAAUUCAUCCUUAUAUCAGGCUCUGGAAGAACAUGACGCUGGUCUUCCGAGAGAGAAUAUUUUACCGCGCACAAAUAUCUCUCUACCAUUCUUUUUUGUGGGAGAUCCCAUUUUUGCAUUGAAAACAUAUUUAAUGAAGCCUUAUCCUCGUGCAAAUGGUCUAACAAAUGAACAGCAUGUAUUUAACAACAGAUUAUCAAGAGCCAGACAAUGCAUAGAAGUGAGCUUCGGAAGAAUAUGUUCAAAAUUUCAAAUCUUGGAAGAUCGACUCGACUUCAAAGUAGAUACAUCAGUUGAAAUAGUCAAAGCAAUUAUAUGUUUGCACAAUCUAAUUAUCACCGAAGAAAUGAAUGCAAUGGAAUAUGAUGAACCUGUCAUAAACGCACCAAAUGUCGUAGAUUUUGAAGGGGAAGAAGAUAUGGAGGCAAAUGAUGAUGCUGUCAGGCAGAGAGAAAUAUUAAGAGAAUAUUUUACGUCCGGAGAGGGUCAAAUAUUGUAA